AUGGCUGGCAAUCAAUCCGUCCGAUUUAUAAGUUCUCGAUUUGCUUUACCUGGCAAACUAUUCCACAGAGCCAUGUCCUCCGUGCACAAUAAUUACACCACCUAUACCACUACUGAACAGAAUGUUGCUGAAUCCAUUGAUAUGCGAUCAGAUACGGUAACUCAACCUACACAAGCCAUGAAAGAAGCUAUGAUGAACUGUCCUUUGGGAGAUGAUGUUUAUACUGAGGAUCCAACCGUAAAUAGCUUGGAAAAGAAGUGUGCGGCACUCUUUCAAAAACCGGCUGCUCUUUUUGUUGCCAGUGGAACUAUGGGAAAUCUCAUUUCAGUCAUGGCUCACUGUCAAAGAGGAGAUGAAAUCAUUGUUGGCAGAUCCAAUCAUAUUCACCGGUGGGAACAAGGAAAUUACGCUCAGUUAGCAAGUGUCUCUGCCACAACAUUAAAUGUAAAUGAUAAGGGCAUGAUGAACUUGUCCGAAAUGGAAGAAUCCAUCCGUGUUAAUGAUUGCCACAUGCCCCGAACUAAACUCAUAUGUCUGGAAACAACUCAUAAUUAUUCGGGUGGAAAGCCCAUUCCAUUAGAAUAUUUAAAGGAUGUGCGUCAGUUGGCUGAUAAACACCAUCUAAAAAUUCACAUUGAUGGUGCUCGUAUAUACAAUGCUGCUGUUGCUAUGGGAGUAGCAGUCGCAGAUAUUGCUGCUUAUGCUGAUUCCGUUAUGAUGUGCUUUUCCAAAGGAUUAGGAGCUCCAAUCGGCUCAAUAUUGGUGGGAUCCGAAAGCUUCAUCGCAGAUGCUAGGCGCAUACGAAAAGCUCUGGGAGGAGGAUGGCGUCAGGCUGGUAUUUUAGCAUCAGCUGCUUCUGUUGCUCUUGACAAUGCUAUGCAAACAAUUGAACGUGAUCAUCGACUUGCCAAAACUCUUGCUGAUGCCAUAAACAACAACACUCCAGAAAAUCUGAAGGAUAGUUUAUUUGUGGAUACGACCAAUAUCACGAAUAUGGUUGUACUUCAAUGUAAAAACAGAGCAAAGCCCGUAAUGAUUCAAGACUUCUUCCGUCAGAAUAACAUUUUGGUAAUGGCCUUCGAUCACUAUAGAGUAAGAAUCAUACCCAAUUCGAAUGUUUCCGAAAAUGAUAUCGCCAAAACUGUGGAAGCUUAUCGCGCUUUCGUCGAAAGUCUAUAA